AAACCAAUUCACGUUAUAAAUCCGCUUCUUAUCUCUUCACUCACAUCACUCACAAACCCAACACAACACAACAACAAUCUAGAACUAGCAAAAAGAACAUGGAAGCUAAGGAACAGGAUGUGUCUUUGGGAGCCAACAAAUUCCCAGAAAGACAGCCACUUGGUAUAGCAGCUCAAAGCCAAGACGAGCCAAAAGACUAUCAGGAGCCACCUCCGGCGCCGUUUUUUGAGCCGUCGGAGCUGACUUCAUGGUCUUUUUAUAGAGCUGGAAUAGCUGAGUUUAUUGCUACUUUUCUUUUUCUUUAUAUAACGGUUUUAACUGUUAUGGGUGUUGUUAGAGCUGAAUCCAAAUGUAAGACUGUUGGGAUUCAAGGAAUUGCUUGGGCUUUUGGUGGCAUGAUCUUUGCUCUUGUUUAUUGUACUGCUGGAAUCUCAGGGGGUCACAUAAAUCCAGCGGUGACAUUUGGACUAUUUUUGGCAAGGAAGUUGUCCUUGACAAGGGCACUAUUCUACAUGGUGAUGCAAGUGUUAGGUGCUAUUUGUGGUGCUGGUGUAGUGAAAGGUUUUGAAGGUAAACAAAGAUAUGGAGAUCUAAACGGUGGUGCUAACUUUGUUGCUCCUGGUUACACUAAAGGUGAUGGUCUUGGUGCUGAAAUUGUUGGCACUUUCAUUCUUGUUUACACCGUUUUCUCAGCCACUGAUGCUAAACGUAGCGCCAGAGACUCUCAUGUCCCUAUUUUGGCACCUUUGCCUAUUGGGUUUGCUGUGUUCUUGGUUCAUUUGGCCACUAUCCCAAUUACUGGAACUGGUAUUAACCCUGCUCGUAGUCUUGGUGCUGCAAUUAUCUUCAACAAGGACAUUGGUUGGAAUGAUCACUGGAUUUUCUGGGUGGGACCAUUUAUUGGAGCAGCUCUAGCAGCACUCUACCACCAAGUUGUAAUCAGAGCCAUUCCUUUCAAGUCUAAGUAAUCGAAUCAAACGGUUUGUGAUCAAUCAAGACAUGUUUGUGGGUUUCGUUUCAUAAUCAUCAUUAUGAUCCGUUUAAUCUUAUAUAUCAUCCUUUUUAUUUUUGAAAUUUCAAGUGUUGUAUUUGGUAACUUGUAUGUAAAUGUGUAAUGUUAUUAUGAAUUUAUGAUGAUGAUGAUGAUGAUUAUGAUUAUUAAGGUGUGGAUGUGUGUUGCAUAAUGGGACAAAUCUCGUGAUUGUGUAUUUUGCCAAAUUGCCAAAUAAAAAAUAAAGAGUGAAUAGCCAAAUAUCUCAUUGAAA